AUGGCCCCCGUCCUCAUUGUCGGUGCGACCCGCGGCCUUGGGGCCGAACUCACCAAACAGUACGCCAAGCAGGGCAAGACUGUGUACGGAACUGCGCGCUCAGAAGCAGCACCCAAAGACUUUCCAGAGUCCGUGAAGUGGCUCCCCAACGUGGAUCUUACGAAGAAGGACGUGGGAGAUACGGUGGUAUCCCUCCUAGGAGGUUCACAGCCCCUUGAAUCCGUGAUCAUCACGGCAGGCUACUUCGCGACGGAGGAUUUCGACGACAAGGGCCCGGACUGGGACAAGGAGGUGACAAUGUAUACGACGAGUAGCAUCGCGCCCGUCUUCAUCGUGCAGCGGCUCGCCCGCGCCGGCCUGCUGCAGAAGGGCUCCAAGGUGGUCCUUGUCUCAUCCGAGUCGGGCAGUAUUACGCUGCGGCACGAGCAGGAGGGCGGCGGCAAUUACGCUCAUCACGCCAGCAAAGCUGCGCUCAACAUGGUGGGUAAGCUGCUGAGCCUAGAUCUGAAGGAGAAGGGGGUCAUUGUGUCGAUUGUCCACCCUGGGUUCAUGCGCACAGAGAUGACCAAGGGUGUCGGGUUCGAUAAGUUCUGGGAUGAUGGCGGCGCGGUAACUCCCGAUAAGGCGGCAGAGUCUCUCAUCGAAUGGACCGACAAGCUCGACAUUUCCAAGACCGGCGAAUAUUGGGCUCCUCGAGGACCCGGUAGGUAA